AUGAAACUACUUACUCUCCUUUUCCUCUGUUCCAGGCUGCUGCCCAGUUUAACCCACGAAGCGGUCUCCGAGGAACUUGACUGCAAUGAUGAGGAUGUGUUUAAGGCUGUGGAUGCUGCUCUGAAGAAGUUUAACCAAAAGCAAAAACAAAGCAGCCACCAGUUUGUAUUGUAUCGCAUAACUGAGGCCUCCAAGACGGCUGGUACUGAAACAUUUUAUUCCUUCAAGUAUGAAAUCAAGGAGGGCAACUGUACUGCUGAAAGUGGCAAAACCUGGCAGGACUGUGACUACAGAGAUGCCCAGGAAGCCGCCACAGGAGAAUGCACAGCAACUGUGGGGAAGAGGGGGAGUUCAAAAUUCUCUGUAGCUACCCAAACCUGCCAGAUUACUCCAGCUGCUGGCCCAGUGGUGAUGGACCAGUACAACUGUCUUGGCUGUGUGCACCCCAUAUCAACUGACAGCCGUGAUCUGGAGCCUGUUUUGAAACACGCCGUUCAACAUUUUAACAACAACACCAAUCAUUCCUACCUUUUUGCUCUUGGAGAAGUGAAAAGAGCCCGAAGACAGGUGGUGAGUGGAUUCAACUUUGAAAUUACCUUCACAAUUGUGCAAACCAAUUGUUCCAAGGAGAAGUUCCCAUUCUUAACUCCAGACUGCAAGUCCCUUUUGGAUGGA